CCCCUCUCUGUCUUGUCUCUGUUGGUUUCUUUCUCUCUUGGAAUCGGUAUUUUAACUAUUCAAAUCAAAUUCAAGUUCAGUGAUUGCCGGCAAUCUGCAUUUCUUUCCGAUUUUUGAAAUGGACCGACGAGGAUGGCCAUGGAAGAAGAAAUCUUCCGAAAAAUCUGGAACUGAAAAGCAGGUAGUUGUAUCAGAUGGAACCGGUGCUUCUCUGUCUUCCUUAGCAUCUCUCGGAGAUCAGGAAAAAUGUAAAAAGGUGAACUAUGUUCAAAUAUCAAUGGAAUCAUACUUGCAUUUGACUGGAUUAGAGGAUGAAGUUAACAAGUUAAAGGAUCAAGUCAGAUUAUUUGAGGAUGAAGUAAAGGAUUUGGAAGGGAAACUGUCCGAAGCUCAUUCAGAGAUUAAGUCUAAGGAUGCUUUGAUUAUCCAACAUGCUAAAGUUGCUGAGGAAGCUGUUUCAGGAUGGGAAAAGGCGGAUGCGGAAGCUAUUGCUUUGAAACGGCAACUGGAAAAUCUUACUCUUUUGAAGCUUUCGGUAGAGGAUCGAGCAGAGCAUUUAGAUGGUGCUCUUAAGGAAUGUAUGAGGCAGGUAAGGGAUGUGAAAGAGGAAAGUGAGCAGAAAUUGCAGGAUUUGGUUCUAGCCAAAAGGAUACAAUUUGAAAAAAUUAAGCUUGGUCUUGAAUCGAAAAUAGCUGAACUAGAUGAAGGGCUUUUGAGAGCAGAGGCUGAAAACCAAGCCCUUUCAAGGUCAUUGCAUGAGCAGUCCAAUUUGAUAGUUCAGAUCAAGGUAGAAAAAUCUAAAGCAGAAUCUGAAAUAGAACUUAUGAAGGAAAACCUCAUGUCACGUGAGAAGGAAAUAAGCUUGCUCAAGUACGAGCUACAUAUGGCUUCUAAGGAACUUGAAAUUCGCAAUGAAGAAAAGAAUUUGAGUAUAAGAUCUGCAGAAGCAGCAAACAAGCAACAUUUAGCAAGUGUCGGCAAAAUUGCUAAACUGGAGGCUGAGUGUCAAAGGCUACGCAGCCUAGUCCGUAAGAGGUUGCCAGGGCCAGCUGCAUUGGCCCAAAUGAAGCAUGAAAUUGAUCAUCUUGGCAGAGAUUUUGGUGGACCUCAAUCUAAAAGGAACGUUGCUAAGAAUCCUAACUCGAAUUUGUCCCCACAGAUGGAAUCAUCUGCUGGCAACUUGCUGCAAUCCCAAAAAGAAAUUGAUUAUCUUACUAUGCGUUUGUUGGAGAUGGAAGAGGAAACAAAGAUGCUUAAAGAAGCUUUGACCAGUCGCAAUAGUGAACUGCAGGCUGCCAGAGAGAGGUGUGCUAAGACAAAUCUAAGGGUAAAGAGCUUAGAAGCGCAAGCACAUGCCCUUAAUUAUCAAACAAGCUCCCCAAAGUCAAGCAUUGGGCACCCUGCUGGCGAUCUUUCUAGUCAAUAUGCUAGCAAUGCACCUAGUAUCACUUCCAUAUCUGAAGACGGGAUUGAUGUUGAAGGACGUUUGGCUGAAUCUUUGCUACCUGCAACCUCCAAUAUAUCUCAUUUGGGAAUGGAGAAGAAUAGUCAUAAAGUUGAUAAGCAAGAGAAAUCAAAUUGCUUGGAAUUGAUGGAUGACUUUCUAGAGAUGGAGAAGUUGGCAUGUCUGUCAAAUGAUGUUGGUGGGGUUAAUGCUGUUUCAAUUGAUCCGGAUAAUUCCAAGCAAGAGUUUGGUUUUAGUCCAUCAUCAAAGCAGGGUUCUUCAAGUGCAAGAUCCUCAACAACAGAGCUUCAGAAGGAUGUGGAAAAUCUGCCCUUCCAAAAGCUUCAGUCAAUGGUUUUUACAAUUUUUGAGUCUCAGACUAAGGAAAAGAAUUUAGGAAAGGUCUUGGAGGAUAUCAAAUGUGCUAUUCUAGAAGUUCAAGGUUCUCUGUCUCAGCACUUAGUUAACUAUAUAUAUGGAGGAGUUCAACUGGAUUAUGGUCCUUCCGAUCAAAAGGAUGUAUCUGGAGAGAGUUUGAUAUUCUUAGAGGAAGAUAAUAUUACAAAGCAAAAGUUGGCAUCUGCAAUAUCUCAGAUUCAUCAGGUUUUACUAUCAGUUGGCAGAGAAGCAAUGAGAGUUCAGGACCCUCGCACUGAUGGCCAUGGACUAAGUAAAAAAUUAGAUUAUUUUUCUGUCUCUGUGGAUAAGUUUGUAUUCGACAAGAAGGGUUUGGUUGACUUCAUCUUAAAACUCUCCCAUGUUUUAGCUGAAGUUGAUCGACUGAACCUUGGUUUCCUGGGCUUUAGGGAUUAUGAUAGAAAUGCCAGUGAUAAUGAAUGCAUAGACAAGGUUGCGUUGCUAGAGAAUAAGGUUGUACAAGAUAACCCAUCAAAACAUGCAUCUGGUGGUGGGUAUCAUCUUUGUCAUUCCUGUCCUGACUCAGAGGUACUUCAAGAUGAAAUCUCGGAUUCAAGUUUUCAACCCAAUGCUACAUCAUCGUGCUUAUUGAAAGAGUUGAAACAGCUGAAAUUGGAUAAAGCAAACAUGGCUGUUGAUCUUGAAAGAAGCACUGAGGACCUUGAAAAUACGAAGUUGCUGCUUCAGGAGACAGAGAAUAGGGAAACUGAACUGAAGUCACAGUUGGCUUCCUCUCAAAAUCUCCACAGCCUCGCCGAAACUCAGCUGAAAUGUAUGACCGAGUCUUACAAGUCACUAGAAGCGCGUACACAGGAGUUGGAAGCUGAGAUAAACCUUUUUCAAGAGAAGGCAGCAAAGUUAGAUGAUAAACUACAAGAAGAAAAGCGUGGCCAUCAGGAUGCCCUGGCUAGAUGCAAGGAUCUCGAGGACCAAAUUCAAAGGAAUGCAGCCUCCUUUCUAUGCCCAAAAUCAGCAAUAGAAGAUUCUGAAGUGAAGAUCAAACAGGAACGAGAGAUAAAAGACGCAGCACAAAAGCUUGCAGCCUGCCAGGUGACCAUAUUCCUUCUUGGGAGGCAGUUGCAAUCUUUGCACACUCAGAGUGACAAGCUGUUGGGUGAAAGUUCAGUAGAAGAUAGGCUAAAUCAUAGCGGUUCAAAGUCACAGGAUAUUCACUGUACCGAUGACCUCAAUCGCAUUGAGACGGACAGCGUAACUUCUGCAGGUUUACAAUCCAUGAUUGAGGAUAAUGAGACCAAUCUUUCAUUGAGGUCUUCGUUGAGCUCAUCUCACCUCGAUAAUAGGCAUACCAAGUCUACAUUUUCUGCUUCUACGCUUGAGCAAGAGAAACACCCUCUUAGUUUCGGGCAAAUCUUCUCUUUGAAAGGGAAGAACGAGCCGUAGAAUGGUGUCAUCAAGCUUUGUAUAGAUUUCCAGCUUAAUGGGUAUAGCAAUCAGCUUGCACCAUCUGGUCCUAGAUAUUAUUUCCUUCUCUUUUUUGCUGGGAUUGUAGUUGGGUUCUGAUCGGAACUCACGCAUUGUAGAAAUUAUAGUUUUGUGGAAAUGAAAUGGCAGAUCAUAGU